AUGGCAUCUAGUAUCCUCCAGAUCCCAUUUCGGCGGUCGCACCCCGUCUCCCUCAACGAUGCCAUUACGCAGUACAUCUCCUCGAAAUAUGACCAGCGUCCGGAUAUGUUCGCCGAGGAUCUCCUGAUCAUCGACCGGCUACGGAGCGAGGCAAUCAAUGUCCAGGAGGCACAUGUUAGCGGAAUCAGCCGCCUGGUCACCUACGCGGCGCAGCUGAAGUGGCUUGGCGGCAAAUUUCCAGUCGAUGUUGGCGUGGAAUUCCCAUGGUACCCGGCCUUUGGAUUCAACACCUCGAGACCAAUCUCGCAAAACAACCUUCGAUUCGAACUCGCCAACAUCAUAUACAAUCUCACGGCCUUGUACUCGCAGCUCGCAUUCUCCGUGAACCGAACCACUGCGGACGGACUCAAGCAGGCAUGCAACUACUUCUGCCAAGCGGCGGGCGUUCUGGUACACCUCCGAUGCGAUAUUCUACCGGACCUUCGCACAUCUCCGCCGGAAGACAUGGACGAGAUGACUCUUCAGAGCCUGGAACAGCUUCUUCUCGCGCAAGCGCAGGAAUGUUUCUGGCAGAAGGCCGUGAAGGACGGGCUGAAGGACGCCUCGAUCGCUCGUCUGGCCGCCAAGGUCUCGGAUUUCUACGCCGACGCGGGCGAUCAUGCGGUCAAGUCGAAUGCGAUCAGCCCGGAGUGGAUUCAUCACAUGACUGCCAAGCACCAUCACUUCGCGGCCGCGGCGCAGUACCGGCAGUCAUUGGAUUGCCUGGAGAAACGCAAGUAUGGUGAGGAGGUGGCGCGGCUGAAGGACAGUGAGCUCUGCGUGAACGAGGCGCUCAAGGAGUCCCGUUGGAUCAACCGCACGGUGUUGGGAGAUCUGCAGGGCCUCAAGAGCCGCGUCACGGAGGAUCUAAAGCGCGCGGAGAAGGAUAAUGAUAUCAUCUACUUGAAUCCCGUGCCGCCCAAGUCGGAGCUGAGACUGAUCGAUCGCGCGUGUAUGGUGGCCGCGAAAGCGCCGUCGCAGGUGACAGAUGCCGUCUCGAUGCUUGGGGAGAACGGGCCUCUAGGCCAGCCGCUAUUCACGAAGUUGGUACCAUACGCGGUGCAUAUCGCGGCUAGCAUCUACUCUGAUAGAAGAGAUAGAUUAGUCAACGAGAGAAUCAUCGGAGAACUGGAGACUAUGACGGACAAACUGCGAGAUCUGCUUUCUUCCCUCAACCUCCCAGGUUCCCUACAAGCACUCGAGAAGCCGCUGGGACUACCCCCGACCUUGGUCUCUCACGCAGAGGAGAUGCGCCAGCAGGAUGGUCUCUACCGGUUGCGUAGGUCUCUCGAGGAUACGGCCAAGGUCAAGGGCAACGACAGAGCAGUAUACGCCGAAGGAGUAGAGCUUCUUGCGGCCGAGAAAGCAGAAGAUGAUGCAUCACGCCGCCGGUAUGGCACUGACCGGUGGACACGUGCGUCGUCCGAAGAAGCAGCUUCUAAGCUCUACACAACGUCCCGAGAGAUUGAAGGGUACUUCACGUCAGCUCAAAGUAGCGAUAACCUCGUGGAACAGAAGCUGAAAGCCUCGGAGGCGGUCUUCCGGGUGCUGACCGGCACAAAUCGGGACCUCGAACUGUACGUUCCCAGCAGUCGCAGGGCCGCGAUUCCGCCCGAGGUUGAGCGGGAGGUGACGCGAUUGCGUGGAUGCUUGAGCGAGGUCAAUCGACUGGAAAGCCGCCGUAAGCGACAGGUGCAGGCUCUCAAGGACAAGGCGCGGGCGGAUGAUAUCAGCCGAGCACUAACCAAGGAAACUGCCCGUUUGGAACGCGAGUUUCCCAUGCAGCCCAUUCAGGCGAGCCAGUUUGAGGAUCUUUUCGAGGAGCAGCUCCGCCUGUAUGACACCGACCUGCAAAUGGUAGCCGAGGAACAGCAGGAGCAGGACCAGCUCGCAUCACGCAUCAGCGAGGCCAACCGGGCCUUCUCACGCGCACAUACUGGCGAUGCGUCGACAAAGGAAAGAGAACGUGCCCUGCAGGAACUGGAGAACGGAUACCUGAAGUACAAGGAGAUCAUAUCCAACAUCGAAGUCGGGCGCAAAUUUUACAACGACUUGGCCAAGAUCGUAGGACGAUUUCGCGACGAUUGCAAGGCCUUUGUGCACAAGCGGAGGAUGGAAGCUAGUCAGAUCGAAGCUGACAUAUCCAGUGCUGCCGCAAUGGCCUCACUUAACCUCUCCCCACCUAUUCGUCAACAGCAGCAGCAACAACGACAGCCGUCAUAUACAUCUACAGGCCCGACCACGCAACACUAUAGCCAGACUCCACAGCAGGCAUACGACCCAUUAGCGACAGCACCUGUACCAGUGCAGCAACAGUCCCGAGCAACGUACACCGCACCCGCUCCGCCGCCCCAACCCCAAGCCGCUCCCAUUCCGGUAGCAGUCCCGACGACACCGCAACAACCCCAAGCGCCGCCCCGCGCGGAACCCAUGACCGCCCCGCAACCGACGCGGGCCAACGCGCGACCCCCGAUGACGCCGGGCAUGUGGACGCCGGAAAUGGGGAUUCGGUUCGGGGCGGCCGGCGGAGCAGCAGGGACGUGGGAUCCAAGUAAAGGGGUCAAGUUCUCCUAG